AUGGUCAAGAUCAACUCCGUCGUUUCCCUCCUGGCUCUGAGCUCCAAUGCUUUUGCAUUCGGCCAGCCCAACCGCCACCCCCUCCCCGUCGUCGAGGAGUUUGUGACCUGUACCACUGAGCUGGGACACCAGGUCAACCGCCAUGUCCCGACGCACUGGAACUACAAGACGAGGACUGUGACUUACACCGAGAAGUUCACGACAACUCCUCACCCAACCGUGACGCCGACCAAGACCAAGACGAAGACUGUUACUUCCUUCGUCAGGACGGUGACCACGGAGCCUGCCGAGACUGAUAUCGCCACCAUCACGUCCACCGGCACCGCUUUCUUCACUACGACAAACACCGUGACUGAGACCGAUACCGAGACUGACACGACCACCGUCACCACUACUCCUACCACCACCAUUCCUGCUCCCGCAGACUUCACCCCUAUCUCCCAGGAGCCCGGCUUCGUCCCCAGGAUCAAGGGCCGUUCCGCCAACAGCCUCGUCGAGCGCGGCAACACUCUCCAGUGCAAGGGCGGCCGAGGUGGCCCAUCAUUCUACCCUCCCCUGCACCCUCAGUCCGUCACUUGCACAAAGAUCAUCGAGCCCAUCGUCAUCAAGCGUGUCACCGUCACUGCCAAGGCUUGCACCAGGACUGCCCGUCCCGUCACCAAGACCGCCACGACCACCGUCUUGAAGACUUUCACUCACACCGAGUGGCCUUGUGAGGUUACCAGCACGGUUACCGCCACUGCAACCACCACCAUCACCUCGUCGGUUGACUCGACUACCACCACCACCACCACUUCUACCUCCACUGAAUCAACCGUCGCUCCCCAGCAGACUCUCCAAGCAGUCUGUGGCCCUGCCAACAUCAUCAGCACUGCCAACGGCGGCGAGGGCAUCUUCAGUGUCAGCACUUCUGGAUCAGGCGAUUUCGUCCCCGUCAGCGGCGCCACGACCCCAUACAGCUGCUGCCUGGCCUGCUUCAACAGCGCCACACCCUGCCGAGGCUCUCUUUCUUUCAGCACCGGCUCAUGCUUCCUUGUCGUCGGAACGGACGGCGUUUGCCACGCAAACCAGUUCACUGGCAUCGAUUCUUAUGAAACUCAACAGGGAGCCUCUACCGCGAGCGUUAGCAACGGCCCCUGUGGUAUGUUGGCUAAUGGCGGCAGCGUCAACUAA